AAAACAUUUUAGACGUGAGUAAGCUAAUACAACAAUGUUAAACAAGAACCAGACGUAUAUCCACAGAUAAAUGGCCGCCACUAAAUAUUUGAUGAUUGGAGCAUUACUAAAAGCAUUUUCGGCAAAUGGCAAUCCACUUAUGCCAGCCGAUUUUUGCGUUCCAAUUCUGGAAGAUGACAAUGGACCCACUGUCGAUGGCCUUGUAAGACUCUGUGAAGCAAGUGCUCAAGGCAGUACAUUUAAUGUCAGGCAGUUCACUGAUACUAAUGGACCACAGUUACGAGUGACAAAGACGGAUUUGAAGAGCUGCGAAGCCUUCCUGAAGCUUCAGCUGCAACCCAUUACAGGGAGUCCAAUAUCGUCUGAACUGGUGAAACACUUUGUCUAUCAGUGUAUACCGUUCGCCAAUGACCCCUCCUUGGCGAAUAUUCCGAUACGUGCCCAGAUUGUUGUAUAUUUUGUCUCAUCCAAGACAGUUGUGGACCUGAAAAGCAUGGAUUUAUUUUCCUAUGUAGUUGUUACCGAUUCAUCAGAUGUUGAGCGGUGGACUUGCUUAGCCACAAGUAAAGAACAUGUGGGCACAGUUAAUACAAUUCGCAAACUACAAGAACCUUUAGAAAGAGGUAUGUGUUAA